AUGAGCAUGAGCAGACCCGGUGUUGGCGGUCCGCUAUCUCCGCUCUCCAUGAGCAGCAAUGACAGCCAUGCGAAUCGCUACCCAUCUCCUCCCAGCAUUGCCGGCAUGGGCACGACUGGCGACGUACCAUACUCAGGCGGGCCAUACGGGGCAGCGCGACCUGGUCCUCCUUCACUGCCCGGUUCGCAACACCCAAGUGGCAGCACAGAUAUGUCGCGACCAUCGGCCAGUGGCAGCAGUAUAGGCAGACCGCCUUCCUCUGCGAGCUCAGUGGGCAGAAGCAGCGACGGGCGGAUGUUUGGCAGCAGACCAGAUAGUGGGAGAAGUACUUUCAAACCCGACAAUGAGGCGGCGCUGAGCAGACAUUACGAGGUGCUAAAGGGGUAUCUGUCUCAGCAUCUCGCCGAUCAGCAUGGGAACAUCAAGCCCAAUAAAGCACGGGACAAGCUGUUGCGACUGUCAGUCACGCAGUUCAUGGAGCUCAGCACGGAUGUCUACGACGAGCUACUGCGCCGAGAGGACGAUCGAACAGGACGAGUACAGAACGUGCCCAAGUCACUCCUCCCAAGACAGAACUUCCACCCGAAGCGCAACCAGGCACGGCAAAAGCUCAGCACUCUACCCGUCGAGCGGUUUAGGCAACUAGCGACAGACGUCUUCUACGAGCUCGAACGAAGGAUACCACGUUUUAUUGGUCAAGAUAUGGAGAGACCAUCCAGCAUUGCCAGCUCUGCUCGAGGUCCAAGUCGCAACGGCAUGAGACCUCCACCAGGCGGUCCACCACCACCUGGAGGCUAUCGCGGUCCUCCACCGGGUAUGGGAGGACGACCACCAAUGGGUGGACCGCCGAUGAACGGUAUGCCGCCACCUCCUGGUGGACCAUAUCAAAGUUUUCGACCUGCGAGUCCUGGCCCUGGUGGUCCGGGCGGGAGGCCUCCUACGGGCGGAAGCGAUAGUUCGAAUUAUAACCGACCUUUACCGAAAACGUUGCAAAGUAACACUAUUGUGCCGAACAAGAGCACUAUGGUUGAAGAUGACGAUGAUGACGAUGAGGAUGCUUUUGAUCUGGACAAGGAGUUGCCUGAUCCUACUGGUACUGCGAGUGCGGAAGACAAGGAGAAGAUUGAGGCGCAGGAGGCUGAGAUUGCGGAGUUGAGGGAGAAGCUCGAAGAGUUGGAGGGUGCAGCCAUGAACAAGGAGCAUGAGUUCCAGGGCAUGAACGAUAGCCUAGCUGAAAGGGAGCAGGAACUUGAGAGGAUAAAGUCUUCGGGUCAUGAGCGAGAAGAUGGCAUCAGUCGGGAACGCAGCGAGUGGUAUGAUCUGCGUGAGGAGCUGGAGCAAAAGCAUCUAGAUGCUCAGCGAUUGCAUGACGAUCUGCAGAGAGAGCUCGAAGCCUUUAAGCGCAACAAGGAUCGAGAUGAGCAUGAGAUUCGAUCACAGCACGACCUGGCACUGGAAGAUCUGAGGUCGCAACACGGGCAGCAGCUAGAUGGCCUCCAAUCACAGCACAGCCGAGCACUAGACGACAUGAGAUCACAACAUGAGCAGGAACUAGGCGGCCUCCAAUCGCAAAUGGGUGAUUCGCAUCGUAUGACCAUUGGCGACUUGCGCGCUCAGCUCGAUAAUGUGCACGACCAGACUUCAGAUCUGCAUACCCAACUUCAAACCCACCAAGCCGAGAACGACGAGCUGCGCCGCCAACUGCAGGACCACCAGGACAACCGACCCAAAUCCGUGGAUAUGAGCGACUACGAAUGCCGGAUUGAACUUCUCCAAGAUGAGCUGGUGGGUCAGGAGAAAUUGACGAAUGAGGUUCGAGAUGGGGCUAUGCUGUAUCUUCGUGAAAUGCGCGAUCUAUCACGACAGAAUGACCAAGCCAUCGAAGCGGAAGAACGGCUCGCUGCGCGUGUGACACAACUGGAGCGCGAGAAUGAAGAGUGGCGACAUCGGUAUACUAAGGUGAAGGCGCAGAAUAGACACCUUCGAGCCUCGACCAUGGGACUGGGACUCCAGACAUCCUUCGACUCCGGCUCCUUGCUCAGGAAAGAAGGAUUAGUGUCCGAGGGUGGUUUGGUGAGGGAUGUAGACGUCACGAGGUUCCAGCUUGCGAUCGAUGAAUUGUUGAAAGGGGCGCGGCAGCAGGAAACGGAGCCAAUGUUGCAAAGUGUGAAACACAUCGCCAUCUCCGUCCAUGCUAUCGAAAGCGCAGUCGGCACGGAUGGCUAUCCCACUCCCAGCCCCAGUCCCUUGGGACCCAUGAGCCCCAACGGCGAGCACAGUCGUGGUGGCGGCACCGACAGCGUAGCAAAACUGCAAGCCAGAGUUAAAGGCACAGCCAACAGCCUCAUCACCGCCACGAAACUGCACGCUACCUCGCACGGCCUCUCCCCCGUCGCUCUCCUGGACGCCGCAGCCUCAAACCUCACCGCUUCGGUCGUGGAACUGAUCAAAGCUGUGGGUAUCAAGCCCAGCAGUAAAGACGAACUCCAAUCUGAUCUUGGAGACGAGGAUCGCUAUUCGAAUAUGCAUUCCCUUGCUCCUAGCGUCAAUGAUUCUCUAGCUGGUAAACUCCAACAUGAUAGUAUCGGCUCCUUCUACGAUGACCGAGAUCGGCUUUCCACUAGUGAUGCGUAUCAGCAUAAUCAGCAUCUGCCUCCCUCGGCUCUGGCUCCUGCUCCAGCAACCAUGCUUGUCCCAACCUCAGCAGCAGCGGGUGGUGAGACGCCUGCGAAAGCUGCUGCCGCCGCGGCAUCACCAGCGCCGUUGAGUCUGGGAAGGAGUAAUACUUCUAAGAAGACGAAUGGGUGGUUUGGGGGCUGGGGGAAGAAGAAUAGUAUUGAUGAGACGGAGGCGUUGCCUUCACAGCAGCAGGUGCACGCUGUAGUGGCUGGACAUGAUGGAGAGGGGCAACGGGAGGGGGAAUAUGAUCCUUAUCGGUAG